UGGUUACUCUGGCGUGCUGGCACUUGGGGAGUUUUUCAGCAGCAUUUCCAUGGUGGGAGCUCCCCUUCCUGUCAUUUAAUGCUCUGAGAGAAUGGGAGGCUCUUCCUCCAAACCAGAUUCAGUUACACCAAAACCCGUUUCCACUACUAUCGCUGUCCCCAGCACUGUCCCCACCAUCGUCCACACCACUCCAGCUGAUUUCAAAGCUGCAGAAGUCGGAUGCUGGAUUGAUAACCAUGAAAUACUGUACAUGUCACUGGCCUUCAUUUCUGGCAUCCUCCUGACUGCCUUGGUUUUUGCAAUCAUCUUCCUCUUCAGGAAAAGUUAUAAGAGAUCCCACCAAAAUUUACAAGAGGAAGCUUUCUUCCCGAUGGAAACUAAGGAAUCCCGUAAGGACACACAGAAUGAAGUGACCUACAGCACUCUGGUCUUCCAGCGGGGCCAGACAGCACUGCCUGUGUGA